AUGAGCACGGGCCAAGAAGUUCUUCGUCGGGCGGGCCUCUCCCCCAUCGCAAUGCUCAAUCAGCGUGCGCACAGGCUACGCGAGCACAUACUACAUGAUCAAGGGCGAGCCGAUGGCCUCAGGCGCAUAGAGCUCGAAAGAGUGCAGGACAUCAUUGUGCAUCUGGAAGAGCUGAUUGCAAAGCCACCAGGUCUGACGCUUCAACAUGUCUCCAAGGCAGAAGUAUGUGCUGUCAGUUGUCCAGUAUGUGGCCUAGAGUACAACACGGGCGAAGGCCUCUCUAUGCAUCUCCAUCGACGACAUCCGGAGGUGCAGGAAAACUCCAGGCAAGCACUGGACAGACAACAACAUGCCUUGUUUGGUGUUCCUGUUUGUCGGUUUUGUCAUGUUCGGGCCUGCGACUGGAGCGCUCUGCGCAAGCAUAUAGAGGAGGGGCACUGUCGCUGGAUUCAAGCCAAAGUUGCGGCAGGUCAUACCACGUCGGAGCUGCUUGCAAUCAUCGAGCAAGAGGAAGCUUGCAAGCCACCGAAGCCUCCGGACGCUGUUUUGGCUGACUCUGCACUUCAGGAUGCCAGGGAUCUGCUGGGCUCCUCGAACGACAAGCUAGUGCAGAUCGGACGUCAGCUACGUGGCUUGGCCCGGCAGUGCAUACUCUGCGCUCAACGGGUUCAAUACUCGGUUUUGCGACAGUCAGGCCAAGAAUACCAGGGAGCACGUAGCAGCACGCUAAACGAAGCAGCGCAGGCUACGUUCUCCGCACCACAGGCGCGCAAGGCAUCUACGCCCAAGCAAAGACUCAUAGCCGACAUGUUUGGCAGAUCGAAAUCGGCGGCGAAAUCCAGUGUCGCCACCCACCCGGAGAUCGCGCAAGCAAUCGUUGUCGAGCCUCCACAAAACAAUCAACCACCGCCACCUGCUCCGAGGUUGGAUGUCAAUGUGCCUGCAUCCCCGGAGGGAUGGGUACUCAGCCUGGUCCUCAGCAACCCCCACAACCAUUGCUACGCCAAUGCCGGCAUGCUGGCGUUGUUCGCGGCAUUGGACACCACGCCUGUCUAUCCAGGCGCCCUGCAGACCAUCAAGACGACGGCCCAGAAUGCCGCGAUCCAUGGCAGGCCCUUCACAUUAUGUAGACAGUUUGUCCUUCGGAGCUUGCUGCGUCAGUGGCGCUUUGGACCAGAACAGCAGGAUACCAUUGAGUUCAUCACUUUGCUACUGCAGGCUGCACGGGUCGAAGUGGGCAGAUGGGAAUCACGCAUAGACAGCCAUGCGUCCAUUGAGGUGUACACGCGGGGUGCGGGUCCCAUCGCCCUGCCAGCGCAGGGAAAUACAGGGGAUCUACAGGAGGCCAUCAACGCUUGGCAUCAGCAGGGCUCCGUUCAUGCACUUUGCAAUCACCCUGAUAUCAUACUUGUGUACUUGGCCAGGUAUGUGGGAAAUGGUAAAUCUUUCAAAGAGGUUUUCUUUCAUGAGGAAGUCAAGGUGCCGGUCUUUGUGCAAGAAAUGCAAGUUGAGUGGAGAGAGUAUCAGCCAGUCUCGGCAGUUCUUCACUUUGGUGCCACACCGGUUGCUGGCCACUAUCGCUCGCUCUUCAAAAUCCAAGGGCAAUGGUACUUCACGCAGGAUGGUGUUGUAGCGAAGUCACAGGGCCUUUUGCGUCAGGACAGAAAAAAACGUCUAUGCAAUCUGGCUCCAGCGAAAAGCCAGAGUCGAGCCCGAACUUUCCGCGCCAUCUCAGCCACGAUGUAUGCGCUUGACUCGCCCGAGGAGCUGGCUAUGUACCAGGCCUUCCGUCCCACUUUGGGCUUAUCCCGAGGCUCUCACAACGGCAGCGAAGCGAGUACCAAAGACUCCGAGGGAGGGUCUAAGAAGCCUCGUGUUUCGUCCGGAUGGGGCGGACAGAAGCGCCAGUGGCAGCAGGCUCAGCAGCAGCAGUGGAGUGGAUGGGACAGUGAGACGAAGGAAGACUUAGCAGCCGAGAUUGCUAGGCUCAAGGCCUGCAUAGCGCAGCUACAGCGCUUGGCCCUACGCCACGAAGAUAGCAUCAACAUCGGCAAGAUUGAAGUCAGCUGGGUUGCUCACUUCCGCAUCGACGCCCCCAACUCCAUUGUCAAGUGCAUUUUUGUGGCGGCAGAUGGGUGGAAAAAGGCCAGAGACUCGGACCCGGCAAGCAUCAGCAAACCUCUUCGCUCAACGUUGCUGGCAUGCGUGUUCAUGGAGCUACGCACAAGAGUGCAGGAGAUGAACGCAGAGCAGGCGAAAGCCCUGCAGACCUUGGGAUGGUAUGACAUGGAGACCAAGGUGUGGGCGUACCUUCGCUGGAAUCCCAUCAGCAAAGCGCUGGAGAAGGAUACCAAGAGGAGUGGCGCCACGACGGAAGCCUUGCUCUCUGCGAUUGAAGACAUCACAAGAGCUAUUCCGCAGCAACAUGCCGCGGCGAGGUUUCAUCCGACCCGCCCCUUGGCAGCUGAAAUGCGGGGAGAAUCCGUGACAUUCUUGGUCCAGUUUGGGCAGCAGAAUGACCAUGCCGAGAGGAUUUGUUCAUGCAUCCCUGUGCUACGCAGCUCCGCUGUCACGCAGCUUAUCUGUAUGUCCAUCAAGCCCGAGCGCCUCCAGCGCUCCAACUUGGCCAAUCAGAUUCCCGAAGCCUACAUUGAGCAGAGGAGUCGCAGCUUGCGGGACGGAUGGCGCCAAUUCUCAGACACCGAGAUGAGGUGA